AUGCCGAACGCGCCACCUCUGUCGCAGCAGGGCGCAACCUCCAAUCAGCGCCUUGGAGACCCUGAUAGGGAUCAGAGUCCGGCUGAAUACUCGUCCGGUAUUGACUCGGACAAUGAUCAGGGUCCCAAUGGCUCCGGUAGCUCGCGCGCAUUGAAGAGGAAGCGCCCACUCACCGUCUCGUGUGAGCUCUGCAAGCAGAGGAAAGUCAAGUGUGAUCGAGUGCAGCCGAGUUGCGGCUGGUGUGGCCGGAACGGCCAGAUAUGUGAGUAUAAAGAAAGGAAAAAACCUGGUCUGCGGGCUGGCUACGGAAAGGAAUUGGAGCAGCGUCUCGACAGGCUAGAGCAGGUCAUCCAGUCUCAAGCCCGGCUUAUUGAAAUGCAUAUACUGCAAGGCCAAUCUGGACUGGGCCAGGAAAUGCACCACGGCGGAUCAAUCUCUUACAGCUCGCCGUCGGAACCCUCCGCAAUCCACGGCCCAAGCCCUCGGACUGCGGCCUAUUUCAAUGACCCUGCAUCUUCGGUUACUCUACCUUCCCGUCGGGCAGAGGCAUCCAUCGCUAGCCCCUCGGAUAUAUCAGUUAAUAAUCUGGUACAAAAUGGCCUCCAGAAUGGAAAUGCCGUAUCCGCGAUGGGCUCGUUACAGCCGACGCAGAAUGCUCACAACGGCGACUACACCGGGAAUGAAUCAUCUUUGAAAGUCCCAGUCAACCUUUUCGCGAACCAAGAGCAAUCAUUCGCGGACCCCGAUCUGGAUCUUCCGCCAUACGAUCUACUCUAUGCACUAGUGGAUCUGUAUUUCGAGCAUAUCAACUCCUGGUGCCCGAUUCUUCAUCGCCGGUCAACAUUGGAUACUUUCUUUGGACCAUCACCACUGGAAGAGGCAGAUCGCAUGGUGUUAUAUGCCAUUGUGGCAACGACAUUACGCUUUUCUACAGAUACCCGACUCAACGAGCAAAAUCGAAAGCGCUUCCACGAUUCUUCUAAACAAAAGGUUCUCUUGUAUGGCCUGGAGAAUUCGUCAGUGAAAGCCCUUCAGGCUCUUGUUAUUUUGGCCUUGGAUUUGGUUGGAUCUUCAAAUGGCCCACCGGGAUGGAAGCUACUGGCUUUGAUCACCCGAUCUGUCGUUCAGUUGGGAUUGGCUGUGGAGUCAAAGUCCUCUCUUAUCGCCCCAAUCUACCCCUCAAUCUAUACCCUGAGAGCUGUCACACUGCCUGAACCCGACUCUUGGAUCGAAGAUGAGAGCAGACGUCGUUUAUUCUGGAUGGUCUACCUGUUGGACAGGUAUUCGACAAUUGCCACCGCAUUCAAUUUUGCUUUGGAUGAUAAGGACAUCGACCGCAAACUACCUUGUAAAGAUGAAUUCUUCAUGAAGAAUCAACCCGUUGAGACUCGGCGGUUCCACUACUCCGGUGAACGUGUCGAUUACCUGAGCCACGCAGAGAACGUUGGUUCGUUCGGUUUAUAUAUGGAGGUUCUCGGAAUUCUAUCCCGCAUUCACAAAUUCUUGAAGCGUCCCGUGGACAUUGGAUCUCUAUCCGACGUGGAAGAGUGGCAAGCCACCUAUCGCAAGCUCGAUAGCGAGCUGACUUCGUGGGAGUUCAAUCUGCCUGCAGAGUACGCCUAUGAGAACUCUUCUCGACUCUUCAACGGUGGCAAGCAGAACCGUACGUUGCACAGCGACUGGGUGCAGCUCCACACCACCUACCAAACGGCCGUGAUCCGCCUACACUCAUCAGCAGCAUACCCAACGACGCGGUCCCCAAUCUUCACCCCUUCCUACAGCGCCAGCCAACGGUGCCUAUUAGCAGUGGACAACAUCCUCACAGUAACCCGCAUCGUUGUCGAAAACAACAUACUCGACAAACUCGGGCCCCCCUUCGCAUUCACCCUCUGGGUCUCAGCACGCCUGCUUCUCGUCCACGGAUCAACAAUCGCCCACACAGUCAGCCCCGACAUAAUCUUCUUCGUCGACACCCUCGCCCACAUGGGCGGGCACUGGAAAGUUGCAGAACGAUAUAGCAACAUCCUCCAACGCGUCCUCGACGAAUACGGCGAAUACCAACAGUCCGCAGCCACAGACUGCGAGCGCUCCACUCCAUCAACUGUCAAGAUCCUGGCGGAUAUGCGACGGUGUGCCUUUGAUUUGGACUUUUUGAUCUCGCGCCAACCACGCGAGUCUCCAUCUACUAUGAGUAACGGAGGUAAUGAUCACUCACGACCGUCUGCAUCUGCCGUCAUACCGCGCAACCUGGCACCGAAUGAACUGGAGUAUCUCGAUGUCUUUGGCUUCUUUAAUGUCCCGCGCGUGCCACCAGCUCGUGUUCCAGACCCGACGGCGGCUGCGCAUCUUGAUAUGUCGGGAUCGGUUGCGAAUCCAAUGUCUAUACAUGGACUUACGGGAGGCCCAAUGGUUGAUGGGAAUUCGUCUGCGAAUGCGAAUGAGUUCAACAUCACGAACUAUCUAAUUCCAACGCCGGAAACGGAUUGGCUGUUCCGUCCAGCGGGGUGA